AUGCCUUUACUUUCACCAAUUCACAUAGCUGCUUUUACUUCUGGUGCUGUUCUAGGUGCAGGAAGUGCUUAUUAUUACGGUAGCAAAAGUGUUGAAGGCGUUAAAUUGAGCGCGUCUCCACCUACGCCUGUACCUGCGACAAAUACUGCUUCGAUUCCUACACAAGCUCCAACACCGGUUAACUCAAUCCACAAUCCUCAAGAUGUUAUUAAAAUGGGAUUCCCAGGCCCUAUAUCAGACCUUAUGCGUCGAGAGGCGUACAUUACUUCAUAUGAUAGAACAAAGAGACAUCCAGCAUGGACAGCACAACAUUUGACCGCAGAAUCACUUCAAAGAGACAAGUCAGCACCAGCUUCAGAUAGAAAGAACAGUCAAUUCAAAGAAGACAAUGCAAUUCCAGACAAGUUUAGAGCGAGAUUGUCAACCUACUUCAGAAGUGGCUAUGACAGAGGUCACUUGGUUCCAGCUGCAGACGCUAAAUCAGGCCAAAAUGCAAUGGAUCAGACAUUUUAUCUUACAAACAUUGCACCACAAGUUGGUCCAGGUUUUAAUAGAGAGUAUUGGGCGUAUUUCGAGACAUUUUGUCGAAAUCUCACCAAAGAUUUCAGACACGUCUAUGUGUUUACACUGCCACUUUACCUACCAACGAAAGAAAUAGAUGGAAAAUGGAGAGUUAAGUAUGAGGUUCUAGGUGAUCCAUUCAGUGAUACACCUACUAUCAGUGUACCAACACAUUUCGGUAAAGUGGUUAUGGGAAGUAAGGACGAAGGACACAGGGAUUUGUCACUUGCAGCUUUCGUGCUUCCUAACCAGGCUAUUCCAGAACAAGUACCACUUCCUACGUUCUUACAGAGCAUUGAAAAAGUCGAGAGAGAUGCCGGUUUGAUGCUUUUUAACGACAACGUCAAGUCUACAGCUAAAGAAUUGUGCAAGCAAGUGAGAUGUGAGGCUGUUGUGCGUAAAUUUGAUCAAUUCGGUAAGCAGAUUGGCAGUAAAAAUUAG